AAGUUUCGGUCGUCAUGGAUGAACACGGAGAAGGGUCGAUGUCGAAUGAGUUUGCUCCCGACGACUCCGAGACGUUCUGUCCGAUACAAGAUGCACCGAUACUCAAUCUCUCGGAUCCGAGUCUCGCUACUCGCUACGAGUAUGACUCAGUUCAGACAGCAUUGGUCACCAUCGUUUACCCUUGCAUCUGUGUUUUCGGUAUUCUGACCAACUCAGCAUUCCUGUUCACAGUUGUUCGGGUGCCGUACAUGAGGACUAUAACCAACAUCUAUCUAGGUAAUUUGGCGGUGUCGGAUAUCUUGUUUCUAUCCACAGGGGCGGGCUUUGGCCUUUGGAAGUUCUUGUCGACUCCAGUGACGAGUGAUUUCUCCAUUCUUGGAGGAGUCCACGGCUGUAUCAUUACACAGGUGCUGAACGCGACGCCCUUUGUCGCUUCAACAUUACUUGUGACUGUUGUAGCGGCCGAAAGAUACCUUGCCAUUUGUCAACCAAUUAAACAUCUAAGUAUCAACUCAAGAGGGCGUACUAUGGCCUUAAUUGCUGUGACAUGGGCAGUGGCCAUCUGUUGCGAGGCUCUUCUGCUUCCGGCUACGUCCAACUACAAAGUUACAUGUGUCAUGUGGCCUGACGACGAUCAUUUCAUGAACUUUCCUCAGACUAUCGCCAGCUGCUUUUUCCCAGCACUGUGGGCGCAGGUACUGGCAGCUAUUGCUCUUACUGUGCCUAACUUGUUGGCUGUCUUUGUUACCUUUGUCUUGUACUUUCUUAUUGUGCGUGAGCUCAGCAGCCGGAUUCGCAAGGCGCCCGGCGAACAGUCCUCGAAUCCAGGGAGAUCUCGGCGCACCCGAGAUCGCGUAGCUAAGAUGCUGGUGAUCGCUGGUACCGUGUUCUACAUGCUCCUAACUCCUCGCACCUUGCUGACACUUUAUUAUUACAUCAGGCGUUUCGCUGGUGCCCCGGGCCUUCCUCGGAAUGUGGAGUUCAUACUUUUCAUUUCAACUAAUGUUCUUCUUUACGUGAAUUCUGUGACCAACCCUAUCGUUUAUGCGUUUUCAAACAGGCGCUAUCGAAAGGCUAUUAUUCACGCAUUUUGCCCUGGUUCAGGACCUAUCGACAGUUCUUGUUAA